AUGGAAAUUUAUGAAAAUAUGUUAAAGUGGUGUGGAGUGAUACUGCGGGCCACCGAUGGCGCGGUGAUGGCGCGGGGUACGUGCGCCUUGGCGCUACUCUGCGCGCUCGUCGCCGGCGCGGUGGCGUACACCGUCGACUGCAACCACGAGUACACAGACUGCGACACUGAGCUUAGUAAAUUAACCAGUGAAGAUGAUGAUACGGCGUCAACCCUACCACCAAUACCUCCAAGGAUAGCAGAAACAUCUAGUCUUGAUACGACAUCUACUACCCCAGCCCCAACAAGAUCUACGCCAACUGCUAAAGAUCAAAAUGUAAAUGUACCAGAUGUACAAGUAACUACUGAAAUUAACGAAUUCACGGAGCCUAUCGCGAAACCUAAGCCAAGGUUACUUAAUUUAAACGUAGAUGAGCUACAAAACUUCGCAAAUGUGUUGCAUAAUCAAACUAAAGGAAUCAAAAAAACAAUUGACGAUCUUAGUGAUGUAAAUUUGGAUGAAGAUGUAAAUGAACGAGACUAUGGACCUGAGAGUGGAAAUAAGCAAAUACCAGAUAAAUUUUACUCAAAUCUUCAAACACCAUUUAAUCCAUUAAUGAAUGUUGAUAAGUCAGAUGAGACUGAAAUCUGCAAAGAGAGUGGUGUUACAUAUAAGGUCGGGGAGCACAUCGACCACGGUUGCGAAGAGUCAUGUGAAUGUACUCCUGGCGGAGUGUUCGAGUGCUUGCCGAGGUGCAAACAUCCUUUCAUACGUCGCGGCAGGCGCCUCAAUGAUCCCCUAUGCUUUGAGUCACCGGUGGACGAAUGUUGCUCAAUCGUCGCUUGCGUUACUGCUAAUGGAGAAACAAAACCAGCGCCACUGGAGGUGUGUAGUUACGGCAAUGAAACUUACACUAUGGGUGAAAAGUGGCACAUUGGUUGUACCCAGACGUGCUCUUGCGAACGGAAUUCAGUCGUCACUUGCAGACCAAGAUGUGACCCAUUACCACAGUCGGAUAAAUGCAUAAAUGUGCAAGAUCCUACAGAUGAAUGCUGUGAGAUGCAAAUAUGCGACGUGUCACAAGAUGCUCAUGAAGAACAUGAAAAUAUAACUAAUACAUCAUCUACUACAGAAGUACCGCAGAAAACAUCAAGUUUAAUGUCAUUACCUCCCAGGCCACUCGUACUCACGGAACCUAUUGGCUCUAUCAAAGUGCUGCAGAACAAUACCGUUCAAGUUAACCUUAUGCAUGUCAACAAUAGUGAUGACCCCAUACAUCUUUUAUUAAGCAGCGAUGGCGGAAAUACAUUCCAUGAAAUAGAAUUGAAAUAUUCCAAUCUAAUACUCAAUUUGGAAGGUGGUAAAGACUAUAUUCUAAAGACAAAGGAAACUGGUACUAAAUUCAAUUUUACAGUAACAGCUUCUGAGGUUGGUAAUGAAGUGCCGGUAGAAGAGACUGUAAAUGGAAAAGAAGGUUGCUAUCACGAUGGAAAGUUCUAUAAUGUCGGUGACGAGUUCCACAUCGGGUGCUCAGAGCUGUGCGAGUGCACGGGCGCGAACACGCGCGAGUGCGCGCCGCUGCAGUGCCCCACGCACGUGGGGCUCGAGCUGGUGUCGCGCGGCUGCGUGCAGUGGGCGCCCAGCCCUCCCGCGCGCCCGCCCGACUGCUGCCCGCGCACUGCGCGCUGCCUGAGCGACGGCACUUGCCAUUAUAAGGGAGUACCAAUACCCAACUGGACAGAAGUGCCGAUCUCCCUGACGGGAUGCGAAGAGCACUGCUUUUGUGAGAACGGUUCGCUAGACUGCCAGGAGGCGUGUGCACCGCUGCCGGCGCUGCCGCCGCCCUCGCUACGUUGCGCACCUCGCAUGCGCCCCGCGCCUGUUAAUGCAUCGGAUGAUGACUGCUGCAAAGUAUGGGGAUGCGUGCCGAGCGGUCAAAUGCCACCAGGAUUAGCAAAUCUCCCACCCCCCACACCACCAACGUUCCUACCUACCAUUCCUUCUAACGAUCGCUAUCCCUCUGAAGAUACUGAUUACGAACAAAACAACAUACAUCGCCCAAUAAAUCCUCUAGAACCUAUACCAGGGCUACCUCCAGGUUUGCCGAUACCAAAUUAUGGCGGGGGUGAUGAUAACAAGAAACUCCAAGUGUUGGCUCUUCAAGGGGAUUCACCCACAAGUAUAAAGAUGUUAUUCGGUCUACCGCCAGUACUAGUUGGUCUUCGCGGUAGCGUGGACCUGAGAUAUACUGACACUGCGGACGAAGACAUAACGCAAUGGUACUCGCAAGUGUUUGCUCCAGCUGACGAGAUAUUAACGACGCAGCGCUUAGAGUUCAGACUAACCGGUCUAAAACCUUCCACGACGUACAAGAUUCGCGGCAAGCUCUUUUUACACAAUCUGCCAGUUGAGCCUGAAAGUGAAAUAUAUACUGUACGGACACAAGACUUGCCUACCAUUGCACCCCUCGAAGAAAAACGAAAGCAAAUCGAUUGCAAGUUAACAGUGGUGGAGGUCAAUGACACCAGCGCGUACUUAAGUUGGCGACACUUCACAGAGGAGGAGCUCCAAUACAUCGACGGUAUACAAGUCAGAUACCGGCCAACCGGCACUCCUAUCUACAGCACCACCGAGCUGCUGCACCACAGCCGCUCGGGAGCCGCGCUGCCCGACCUGCGCCCGCACUCGCGCUACGAGGCCGCGCUCGUGCUCGCGCCGCCGCCGCACGCGCGCUCUGAACUCUACGACCCGGCGGUGGUAGAGUUCACUACGCUGCCACUUAUAGACCCCUACAACUGGACGGUGACAAUAACCGCGCACGAGGUGGGCGCCACGUCCGCGCGCAUAUCGUGGCGAGGCGCGCCGUCGCCGGCGGAGCGCUGGGUGCGCGUGUACCGCGCCGCGCACGCCUGCCGCGAGGAGCGCGACGCAUUCAGACUCGCCGCCAGAGAUGCACCUGAGGCUAUUACACUUAGUGGACUAGAACCGGAUUCUAGAUGUCGUGUGUGGCUCGAGCUGUUCCUGACGAAUGGCAAAGUGAAAACUAGCAACGUCUUGGAGAUACAUACAAAGCCAUUGGACUCAGACGAACCUAUCGAUAAUACAAUAGAGGCGUCGUCGGUGCGCGCGCGAGGCGACUACUACGGCGCGCUGGUGGCGGUGGGCGCGGUGGCGGCGCUGGCGGCGCUCGUGGCCGCGCUGCUGCUGCUCGUGGUGCUGCGCAGGCACCGCCCGCGCUCCGUCGCUAUCACUUCGGUGCCGUCCGCGCCACGUGAAUCCUCGCUGCCGCCGUACGAUAACCCCGCCUAUAAGCUGGAGUUACAGCAAGAGACCAUGAAUCUC